AUGUCGGGAGAGGGACAAACGGCGGCGGCGGCGGCGGCGCCUACGUCGCAAGCCAACCCCAGCGUGAAGGAGCAUACUCAGGGAGCCCAGACAGAGUCGCAAGUCAAGACAUCAGGGUCGCCGGCGACGGCAAAUUCAAACAUUCCAAGCAACCAGCCGGGACAUCCGAGCUUCCGAAGGUAUGGGCAGGAAAUCCUUUUUAAUGUGACAAAGAGCAUCUCGAGCUUGCGAGACUUGUCACGCAAGAAAGUUCUACAUGGCUCACUAUGCACGCUCCCGCAGGUCCGAUGCGAUGCCGCCAGCCUCGGCAUACCAUGCACAAACUGUGUCGCCUUCCAGAUUGAAUGUCGCAUUCCUUCGCCGAAAAGAAAGAAGACGCAUGCUACCCAGUCGGCUACACAAUCCAGAGAUUCUGACAGUGAGCGCGAACGCGAGGCAGACGAUGAUCCAACUCCGCCUGCCAACAGCGGGCCUGCUGCGCCAAAUUUCACGCGCCCAGCCGCUGUCUAUCAUACGAGCGAAGGGACCCCCAACACCGCUAUAGCAGAAGAACAGGCCAAGAAGGUAGAGGUCGACCGGAACAAAUACGUCGACAUGCUAGUCAGGCCGCAGUUCACAAGAGCGCCAAUCAAGGAUGCUGGUAGGGUUGCAUUCCUGGGAGAGUCUUCAAACCUCACGCUGCUGGUGCACGAUAGGCAGGGCUCGGACUCGGAUGUUGUCCAUUAUCCCUUGCCGGAAAAUGUUAAGGGGUCAAGGGCGAGGAUGACUGAGCUGGAUAACGUCGAGAUUGACAUCUUGCACCAACGCGGCGCCUUCCUGCUUCCGCCCAGGUCAUUAUGCGACGAACUCAUUGACGCUUAUUUCAAGUGGAUACACCCGAUAGUCCCCGUCAUCAACCGCACACGUUUCAUGAACCAAUACCACGACCCCAAGAACCCACCAUCACUACUCCUACUCCAGGCAAUACUACUCGCAGGCUCUCGGGUCUGCACAAACCCAGCAUUGAUGGAUGCCAAUGGCUCAUCGACUCCUGCAGCUUUGACGUUCUACAAGAGGGCAAAGGCCCUCUACGACGCCAACUACGAAGACGACAGGGUGACUCUCGUCCAGGCUCUACUCCUCAUGGGCUGGUACUGGGAGGGCCCUGAGGAUGUGACCAAGAACGUGUUCUAUUGGACUCGGGUUGCUACUGUGGUUGCUCAGGGCUCGGGCAUGCACAGGAGCGUAGAGUCGUCGCAGUUGAGCCGAGCUGACAAGAAGCUGUGGAAGCGCAUCUGGUGGACUCUUUUCACUCGCGAUCGCUCAGUGGCUGUAGCUCUGGGCCGACCAGUCCAUAUAAACCUCGACGACUCUGACGUGGAGAUGUUAACAGAGGAGGAUUUCAACGAGGACGAGCCCGGUCUCCCAAGCAAAUAUCCACCAGAUCAAAGACAUGUGCAAUUUUUUCUGCAGUAUGUCAAGCUCUGUGAAAUCAUGGGACUCGUGCUAUCUCAGCAAUACUCAGUAGCAUCCAAAGGUCGACAAAGGAACCCGAUCGACUUGACGCAUAGUGACAUGGCGCUGGCGGAUUGGCUACAAAACUGCCCCAAAAUCGUGUAUUGGGAGAUGCCUCGGCAUCACUUCUGGUCUGCGCUGCUGCAUUCCAACUACUACACGACACUAUGCCUUCUCCACAGAGCGCACAUGCCACCAAGCGGAUAUCGCAACAAAUUCCCCGAAGAUUCAGCAUAUCCGUCACGCAAUAUUGCUUUCCAGGCGGCGGCAAUGAUUACCUCCAUCAUUGAGAACCUGUCUGCACACGACGAACUUCGAUACUGUCCCGCAUUUAUCGUUUACAGCUUGUUCUCGGCGCUCAUUAUGCACGUCUACCAGAUGAAGUCCCCAGUGCCAACAAUUCAGCAAGUGACACAGGACAGGAUACGGACAUGUAUGCAAGCGCUGAAGGACGUUUCGCGUGUUUGGCUCGUCGGCAAGAUGGUCUGGACGUUGUUCCAGUCCAUCUUGGGCAACAAAGUUUUGGAGGAGAGGCUUCAGAAGGCUGCCGGUAAACGGCAUAGGAAAGCGCAACAAAUAUUGAACAGGCUCGACCAGCAUGCCGCGCAGCAGCAACACGAACAAAACUCUCAUCAGCCGUCACUCCAUGAGGCCAAACGGAAGUACGACGAGAUGGCGAUUGACUUCAACAACACGCCACAGCCGCAAGAGUCGUAUGUACGAUCGCGGCCCCAAACUCCCAGCAUGUCGGCGAGGCAUGACUCGGCUGGAGGCGGCCACAUGAAUGGCAAUAACGGCACCAUGCCACCACCUCUGACAUCUCCGAAUGCGCGGCUGGAUGCUUUCAUGGGAGGAUCUGGAUCACAUCCGACAACGAGGCCUGCUACGCCGUUCAAUCCAUCCAUGUCAAUGCCGACAACUCCCCCGGAUCUGUACCUGGUCACCAGGAACUCGCCCAACCUGUCGCAAUCAAUAUGGGAGAACUUUCAACCCGAUCAGCUUUUCCCAGAAAGCGCGCACAUGCCGGCGUUCCCACCACAGAUGUCACCUCAGCAGCCACAUCAAAAUGUCGACCCGAGUAUGAUGCAGUUCAACCAAGGCUCGCAGGCUGGGGAGAACCACAGUGCACCAGGGACGUCAUCGGAGUCAUUUGGGGCGCAGAUAAAGACGAGCGGCAGCCCACUGCAGAACAGCGGCAGUCCGGUGCAAUUUGGCCAGAUGUCGGGCAACGGGUUACCUGCUGGGUUUUGGGCAAAUUUGGAUUCGGCGGCCGGUCCUAUGCAGGACGGUCAGAGCCCCGACAGUUGGGGUAGUGCCUCGUCUGCCCACGGUGGUCCUGCGGUGCCGUCUACGCUCAACGUCGAAGAUUGGCUACAAUUCUUUGGUAUCAACGGGAACGGAGAGAACCUAAACAUUGAUUUUUCCGCACUUGUCUAA